AUGCUGCGCAACGGCAAUCUCCGACAGAGUCUGCGGACUCUCGACUCGUUCAGUUUAGCGCCCGAAGACGUACUCAAAACGGCCAUCAAGACCGUCGAGGACUACGAAAAGUGAGUGAAAAAAGGGGUCCAGGUGUCAUCUAAUCCAAUUUGAUUUCAGUGAAGAAGCAGAUGAGAAUGGAGAUGUUAAAAUGACGAGAGACGCGAAACAAGAAGUCAUCAACAAGGUGUCAAUCCCGCAGUUGGUAAGGUUUUUCAUAGUUCUCCAAACACUGUAAUAGUGGGUCAAGAUCGAGGCUGUCAUCUUUGAAAGUUGGUCAUCGACAAUCCGGAAUUUUAGAGAAGUUUCCGGAUGAGUUGCCGGAUGGCCUUCAAUGUUUCCGCUUUGGGAAUGUGUUUGACUAACGGAUUCCGUUUUUGUCAAUUGAUAAGUGAAGCCAACUUGGUUUGCACUUUGAUAAGUUUGGAAUUAAUCCGAACCAAAAAUCAAUCAGCUGAUACACUUGGGCAAGGAGAGAAUAAACUUGCCAUUCAAAUGAGCCCCGAAUACUUCUUGAGAAUGUAGUUUGAUUCCAUUCCUUCACAUUCAUACAAUCAUCAUAUUCAACAAAGAUCAAAAAGUUCAAAACCACAACUUAUCUUGAUCACAGAAAAAACUCGGAAAAAACAUCAUUUUUAUGACUAUAAAUGUAAUGGAAGCGAAACGAGCACAAUGAUAACGGGCACAAAAGAGAAUUAUAAAUCACAAAACGGAGGUUUGCAGUACCGCUACACGACGACGCUCGAGAAGUGUAUGCUGUUGGUGGGCACGAUUGUGGCGGUGAUCACCGGAGCGGGACUGCCGUUGAUGUCCAUCCUGCAGGGACACAUUUCGCAGGCAUUCAUCAACGAACAAAUUGUGAUUAACACUGGAAACACGACUAGUGAGCAAUGAAGGGUGGAGCUGGGGGAAACGUGAAAUAUUUCAGUCCCUCCAAGUGGAAGAAACUACACGCAAGCCGAUUUUGAGCACGAUGUGAUGAACGUAGUCUGGAGUUACGCAGCGAUGACCGUCGGAAUGUGGGCGGCCGGACAGAUUACGGUUACUUGCUACUUGUACGUGGCAGAGCAGAUGAACAAUCGGUUGAGGAGGGAGUUCGUGAAGGCCAUUCUGAGACAGGACAUCUCGUGGUUCGACACCAAUCACUCUGGAACUCUUGCCACCAAACUUUUCGAGUAAGUACUAGGUUACCAUAUCAAUUUCUCAAAGAGCUCGUUUGCAGUAACCUGGAGAGAGUGAAGGAAGGAACUGGAGACAAGAUCGGAAUGGCAUUCCAGUAUUUGAGUCAGUUCAUCACCGGAUUCGUGAUCGCGUUCAUCCACAGUUGGAAGCUGACUCUCGUCAUGUUGGCCGUCACUCCCCUUCAAGUCAUCUGCGGUUUCGCCAUCGCCAAAUCCAUGUCGACGUUUGCAAUUCGAGAAACAGUUCGAUAUGCGAAGGCAGGAAAAGUCGUCGAAGAAACAAUUUCGAGCAUCCGGACAGUCGUUUCUUUGAACGGAUUGCGGUACGAGCUGGAGAGAUACGCGGCGGCAGUGAAGGAAGCGAGGAAGUCGGGCAUCCUGAAGGGACUCUUCCUCGGAAUCUCGUUCGGAGCCAUGCAGGCGACCAACUUCUUCUCCUUCGCUCUCGCCUUCUACAUUGGAGUCGGAUGGGUUCAUAAUGGAUCGAUGGAGUUCGGGGACAUGCUCACCACCUUCUCCUCCGUUAUGAUGGGAUCCAUGGCUCUCGGUCUGGCUGGUCCGCAGCUUGCUGUUCUGGGAACUGCUCAAGGAGCCGCUUCCAGUAUUUAUGAAGUGUUGGAUAGAGUAAGCGAUUCCUUUUCUACUCAAUAAUUCUAUACUAUUUUUCUAUGCAGAAACCAGAUAUUGAUUCAUCCAGUAAGGCAGGUCGCAAAGACAUGAAGAUCAAAGGAGACAUCACCGUCGAGAACGUGCACUUCACUUACCCGUCCCGUCCGGAUGUUCCGAUCCUCCGAGGAAUGAAUCUUCGCGUGAAUGCCGGCCAAACCGUCGCUCUUGUCGGGUCUUCUGGAUGCGGAAAGUCCACGAUCGUUAGUCUGCUUCUCCGUUAUUACGAUGUUCUCAAGGGAAAAAUCGCGAUUGAUGGUGUCGAUGUUCGUGACAUCAACUUGGAAUUCCUGAGAAAGAACGUGGCUGUGGUGUCGCAAGAGCCGGCUCUGUUCAACUGCACAAUUGAGGAGAACAUCAGAGUGAGUGGAGAGAGAAUAGCUUCGUUUACACAGUUUACUUUUCAGUUGGGAAGGGAAGAUGUGACUCGUGAGGAGAUGAUGGCUGCUUGCAAGAUGGCCAAUGCUGAGAAGUUCAUCAAAACCCUUCCGGCUGGAUACAACACUUUGGUGGGAGACCGUGGAACCCAACUGUCCGGUGGCCAGAAGCAGAGAAUCGCCAUCGCCCGUGCCCUCGUCCGUAAUCCGAAGAUCCUUCUGCUCGACGAAGCCACGUCUGCUCUUGAUGCCGAGUCCGAGGGAAUCGUGCAACAGGCCCUCGACAAGGCAGCCAAGGGACGUACCACCAUCAUCAUUGCCCACCGUCUCUCCACCAUCCGAAAUGCCGAUCUCAUCAUUUCUUGCAAAGCCGGUCAAGUUGUUGAAGUCGGAGAUCACCGAACACUCAUGGCCCAGAAAGGAUUGUAUCACGAUUUGGUCACUGCUCAAACUUUCACCGAUGCUGUGGAUGCUUCGGCUGGAGGUUUGUAAUAAGAAUCGGUCUAAAGCUAGAUUAAGAGUGUACGUAUUUCAGAAAAGUUCUCAAGAGAAAACAGUGUCCAUCGGCAGACGAGUGAACACGAAUCGCUGUCCCGUCAAGUGUCUGAGAUUGAUGACCUGGUUGCGAGGGUGAGAAGCUCGACAAUGGGAUCGAUUACGAACGGACCGACGGGAGAUCAGAAAGAGAAGCGAAUCGGAAAGGAUGCGUUGGCACGACUGAAGGAGGAGUUGGAGGAGAACGACGCGAAGAAAACGAACCUGUUCGAGAUCAUGUACCAUGCGAGACCUCAUGCCGUCUCUCUGUUCAUCGGACUCACCGCCGCCAUCAUGGGAGGACUCAUCUACCCGACCUACUCCGUCUUCUUCACUUCCUUCAUCAACGUCUUCUCCGGAGAUCCGGAUGACAUACUGAGCAAGGGACACUUCUGGGCACUCAUGUUCCUGGUCCUCGCCGCUGCUCAGGGCAUCUGCUCUUUCGUCAUGACAUUCUUCAUGGGUAUCGCUUCCGAAUCGCUGACUAUGGAUCUCCGUAACAAACUGUUCCGCAACGUUCUUUCUCAACACAUUGGAUUCUUUGAUUCCCCGCAGAAUGCCUCCGGAAAGAUCUGUACUCGUUUGGCCACUGAUGUUCCUAACCUCCGAACUGCCAUCGACUUCCGUUUCUCCACAGUCAUCACCACAAUCAUUUCGAUGAUCGCUGGAAUUGGAUUGGCCUUCUACUACGGUUGGCAGAUGGCCCUUCUCGUCGUCGCCAUUCUUCCGAUCGUCGGCUUCGGACAGUUCCUCCGCGGUCGUCGUUUCACGGGAAACAACGUGAAGAGUGCCGCCGAGUACGCGGAUUCCGGAAAGAUCGCCAUCGAGGCGAUUGAGAACGUGAGAACUGUGCAGGCUUUGGCCAGAGAGGACACUUUCUACGAGAAGUUCUGCUCGAAACUGGAUAUUCCGCACAGAGAAGCCAUCAAAGACGCGUUCAUCCAAGGCGUCUCCUAUGGGUCAGUGCCCUUGUCCUUUCAAUUUCUAAUCCGUAUCAUUUCCAGAUGUGCCUGCUGUGUCCUCUAUCUUCUCAACACUUGCGCCUACCGAAUGGGCCUAGCUCUCAUCAUCCACAAGCCACAUCCGAUCAUGACUCCGAUGCGAGUGCUCCGUGUCAUGUACGCCAUCACAAUUUCCACCUCCACGCUCGGAUUCGCCACUUCCUACUUCCCUGAAUACGCGAAAGCCACGUUCGCGGGAGGAAUCAUCUUCGGAAUGCUCCGUCAGAAGUCAAAGAUCGACAGUUUGUCAUUGGAAGGCGACAAGAAGAAGCUGUCCGGAAAGGUCAUUUUCAAGAAUGUCCGUUUUGCGUAUCCAGAGCGUCCGUCAAUCGAAAUCCUGAAAGGACUCACGUUCUCCGUCGAACCGGGACAGACUCUCGCCCUCGUCGGACCGUCCGGAUGCGGAAAGUCAACGGUUGUUUCCCUGAUCGAAAGAUUCUACGAUCCUCUGGCCGGAGAGGUGUUCAUCGACGGAGCGGAGAUCAGAACGCUCAAUCCGGAAGCGACAAGAUCUCAGAUUGCCAUUGUUUCGCAAGAACCGACGCUCUUCGACUGCUCCAUCGCGGAGAAUAUCAUUUACGGAUUGGAUCGUAAGCACAGAAAUCUUUCUCUUCUUUUUCUAAAAAGGUUUUUUAGCUGCAACUGUGAACAUGGCGAGAGUGGAGGAGGCCGCUAAACUGGCGAACAUCCACAACUUCAUCGCCGAACUGCCGGCCGGCUACGAAACGAGAGUGGGCGACCGCGGAACUCAACUGUCCGGAGGUCAGAAGCAAAGAAUCGCCAUCGCGCGCGCGCUCGUCCGCAAUCCGAAGAUCCUUCUGCUCGACGAAGCCACGUCGGCACUCGACACGGAGUCCGAAAAGAUUGUGCAGGAGGCGUUGGACCGGGCGCGCGAGGGCAGAACGUGCAUUGUCAUCGCCCACCGACUCAACACCGUCAUGAACGCCGACUGCAUCGCCGUCGUCAGCAACGGAACGAUCAUUGAGCAAGGUGAGUGGUGCCACGUGGAUCCCCGGUCGCAUCUUUUCUUUUCCAGGAACUCACAAUGUGUUGAUGUCGCAGAAGGGCGCCUAUUUCAAGUUGACUCAGAAGCAGAUGAGCGAGAAAAAAUAG